GCAUCCCUUCCCUUUUAGUCUCUUGUUCUUCUUCCACCAAGUCUGUGAAACCUCAGGAUCGGAAUUCUGUAGGAGACUAAGACCCCAUUUCCCCUGUUACCAUAUCAGAACCAACAGUCCGGCUACAAGUACGAAGUAUCAAGCCAUCGAUAGUCGCCCCUCGGCCGUUGCAGACAACCUCGCUUGAAUUUCCAUACCGUCGGCACUGCUUUUUCAUCCAUCACAUUUCACCCCUUGCCGUGACGGCCACUUGCCUAUCAACACCAUAUACCUUGUUACACGCUUACCUUCAGAAUUCCGGCCUUAGGAUCUCGCUUGGACGAUUCACUCAUCGGUCGUCUGUCAUGUGGCCUCGAUAAAAAAUCCGAAUUGGUGGGAGUCCUGGAAUUCGAUCUCUCAACUCCACAUCCAUCUUCACCGCCACCUCAGCUUUCCGCCGGUCCCGCAUAACGUCUCAUCACAUACACUCAACAUCUCUGGUAUACAUCUCUGGCAUCUACGAAAAAACCCAGAGUUCACAACGCAUUGGGUGACGGCACCUAUGUCAACGUCGUUGUACAUGAGGAAGGAGAAGUGGUAUCCCUAAAGACCGACUGGCCGCGUAUCCACGCCAAUGGGGAAUUCCCAAGGUAAACCGGUGGUCUUGACUGACGAAGUCAAUCUGAACCACUUUCGUCUUUUGAGAGUUGUUGGCAAGGGUGCAUUUGGGAAGGUUCGUAUCGUUGAGCGUAAAGAUUCUGGCUUGACAUUUGCUCUCAAAUAUAUUCGAAAGGACGAAGUGGUGCGCUCCGAAAGUGUUCGCAACAUCAUUCGCGAAAGACGCAUGCUCGAACAUCUGAACCACCCCUUCUUGUGCAACCUUCGCUACAGCUUCCAAGAUGUCGAGUAUCUUUAUCUUGUAGUGGAUCUGAUGAAUGGAGGCGACCUUCGAUUCCACAUCCAACGCAAAGCAUUCACAGAAGAAGCCGUCCGCUUCUGGAUGGCAGAAUUGGCAUGUGCCCUUCGCUAUAUUCACGGUCAAGGCAUUGUACAUCGAGACCUCAAACCCGACAAUGUACUACUAGACUCCGAAGGCCAUGUCCACUUGGCAGACUUCAACGUCGCUUCCGAUUUCAAGCCCGGUAAGCCACUGACCAGCAAGUCAGGCACUUUGGCCUACCUGGCGCCGGAGGUGUUCAGGGGCUCGGGUUACUACAGCGAAGUGGAUUGGUGGUCAUUGGGAGUGACCAUGUACGAGUGUGUCUAUGGAAAAAGACCUUUUGAAGGCAAAACCUAUGAAGACCUGGCCGAAACGAUCUCCGCGGCGAAUCCACGCUAUUAUGUCACCAAACCACCUGUGUCGAUGCCAUGUCUCACCGCGAUGACAUCUUUGAUCGAGAAAGACCGACGGAAACGGAUAGGAGCCACUGGGUUCGACACUUUCACCUCACAUCCGUUUUUUCAGCCUAUCAACUUUGAGGCCCUAGAACGAAAGCAAAUACCGCCAAUUUUUGUGCCCUCCAGCGAGAAAACCAAUUUCGAUGCCACAUACGAUCUUGAGGAAUUGCUUCUGGAGGAAGCACCCCUAGAAGCCCGCGCGAGAAAACAAAAGCCGAGAGCCGAGUUACGCAACGAUGCAACCAGCAGAGAGAUCCGGGAAGACGAGCUACAUCGCAUGAUUGAAACAAUGUUCGAACCAUUCGAUUACACCCUGGCGAGUUAUGAAGUGCCCGCCUCAGCAGCAGUUGCUGGCACAGUGCCAGACGAGCAUGAGCACUUGGACACCACCCAGCCCGAAGCAGAUUCUGUUCCCACCUCGCCAGAUGGAUCUCCACCAUUAUCGCCGAAUAGCUUACCGACACCUCAGACGGAGGACACUUUUGCUCCAUUAGACGAUCUCAAGGCAGCAUUACCCCAUGCACAAUCCACGCGGCCAGCUUCGUCCUCAAAAUCCUUCAGUCGACCAAUACCGCCACAAAGACCCAUGGCUGCAACAAGACAGCCGAGUAAAGGUGGCGGUGUGCAGAUGGUACUUGAUGAAACUGGGAGCUGGUCGAACCUAGCAGAUCAGACACCCCCUGGGCAUCCGGAUGCGAUCUCUGGCGAGUCGGGCAUCAAAUACGAGAAAGGAGGCGGCAGCAUGCUUGGCUUCUUGAGCAGGAAGAAAGGCAGAGACCGAAGUCCGAAACCAAAAGAAGCUGGGGUGUUGGGCAAGAUUGGUGCGAGGCACAUCAUCAGCUAGACGACGAGUGAGGAAGAUGAUCUCCAUGCGGUCGCGAGAGACCAAAGCUAAGAUUCAAUCCACAUACAGGUGGAACAGCCCUUGUCAGAAAUCGAGAGAAGCUCGCAGAGACGACGAGGCAUAGCCGAAUAUGAGGCUGAAGCAAGAGACACAAGCAUAAGCGAGUGGUGGGAGUACUGGUUGAGAGCAGGACUAUACACAUGGAUACCCGACAUGACAUACACAGUUGCAUUGACUGCAGAUGAUCACUCUUGUACGUUGCCAAACACGCCGUGUCCUCGGAGCAGGACAGUCCGGCACAUAGGUCAGCUCGGUGUUGGGUGGCAUUUGCACUGUAUAAGUACCAUGUAGAUGCUAAUAUGUAAUUAUAAAGGAAUGAAAACAUAC